CUUAAACCCCAUUGUUUUGGAACCGGCAAUUGUUUGCGACUGGGAAUUGAGGUUGAGAAUGAAAAUAGCAGUGGAAGGAUGUAUGCACGGUGACCUGGAGAACGUGUACAGAACCCUCCAACACAUAGAAAAAGUUCAUAACACCAAAAUCGACCUCCUCCUCUGCUGCGGCGACUUCCAGGCUGUGAGGAAUGAGAAGGAUUUGGAGAGCUUGAGUGUGCCCCCCAAGUACCGGUCCAUGAACUCCUUCUGGAAGUACUAUUCCGGCGAGGAGAUCGCUCCCUAUCCCACCAUAUUCAUCGGUGGCAAUCACGAAGCUUCUAAUUAUUUGUGGGAACUGUACUACGGAGGGUGGGCGGCACCUAAUAUUUACUUCUUGGGGUUUGCUGGGGUAGUCAAGUUCGGAAACCUUCGCAUUGGUGGCCUCUCUGGAAUUUAUAAGUCGCGAGACUAUCGUUCAGGACACUAUGAGAGGCCUCCUUAUAAUGCAAAUACCGUCAAGUCUGUAUAUCAUGUUCGUCAGUAUGAUGUCCACAAACUCAUGCAAGUUGAGGAACCAAUCGAUAUUUUUCUUUCACAUGAUUGGCCUCUUGGCAUCACCGAUUGUGGGGACUGGAAGCAACUUGUUCGAUACAAACCUCAUUUUGAGACCGAGGUUCGGGAAAGAACCCUGGGAAGUAAACCUGCUGCUCAAUUGCUAGAAAAAUUGAAACCACCCUAUUGGUUUUCAGCUCAUCUACACUGCAAAUUUGCUGCUCGUGUUCAGCAUGGGGAAGAUGGUCCCGUGACGAAUUUUCUUGCUCUUGAUAAGUGUCUUCCUGGAAAGAAGUUUUUGCAGGUUCUUGAUAUUGACUCAGAGCCAGGGCCGUACGAGAUUCAGUAUGAUGAAGAAUGGCUAGAAAUAACUCGGAGGUUUAACCCUAUUUUCCCUCUCACAAUCAGGAGUGCAAAUUUCAGGGGUGUACAUAUUGACAAGCAAGAUUGUCGUCAAUGGGUAAGGACCAAGCUACAAGCAAGAGGAGCCCGACCUUUUGAAUUCAGCCAGACAGCUCCAUCUUAUAAUCCCUCUAAUUCUGUCUCAAAUGGUUCCUCGCCUGGAUAUACUCGGAAUCCUCAAACAGAAUCUUUGUUGCAGUUUCUGGAACUCCCUUAUCUUCUUGAUGACAUGUUAGAAUCUUCGGAAGUAUCCAGGAGUCCUUUUCCAUCAAGCGAUAGAGAUGACAGCGAAGAGAUUCCCAUUGAUGAUGUGGAUGAGUUAGAAGACCUUGCUGAAGAGGCUGGAGAUGCUGAACAUGAAGAUGUAUGAAGAUCCAGUGUGGUGAUCAUCCUUGGUCAGAGACACCCUUUUUGCUCUUCAAGAGUUUAGCUUUUCUUUUUUUUUUGGUGGAACAUGUAGCUUCUAUUAGUUUCAAGAUAUUUGGGUUUGAGUGUGUCGGACCAAUGUGUUUAGGUUCUCUCUCAGUAAAGGGCGGAUGUAUUCUAAUUUAAUGUAAAUGCCUGGAUAGGUUGUUGUUCUUGCCUUCUGGCCUAUUUUUUUAGUCAAAACCCUUCCCGCCUUGUGCCUGUUCUUUUUUUCUUGUUCUGUUGAUUGUAAAAUAUCUUUAAUUCAGUUUCUAGUUUUUUCUUUUUUGUCUUUC